AUGAUAAAGUCGCAAAAAUCUCGUGAUCGAGAAUUAUCAUACAAAUUACAUCAACAAGAUAAUUGUUUUGGAUUAACAGAAAAUGCAGUUUUACCAAAAGAUAAAAAUAAGGAAAAUUAUAAACCAAGGACAUUGAUCGAUCAAACUUUGGAAUUAAUAGAUCCAACACCUAAUAUUUACACAUUGUUUGUACAAUUUAACGAACGUUUUUUCUGGAAUGUUUUACUUCCCGUGGAAGUUAAGUGGAGCCCUAGAAUGACAAGUUGUGCUGGUAUAUGUACUUUUCAUCCCAGAAACCGACAAUGUGUAAUAUCACUUAGUCUACCAUUAUUAAAACUUAGACCGAGAAAAGAUCUAGUUGAAACUUUACUGCAUGAAAUGAUUCAUGGGUAUUUGUUCCUUACAAAUAAUAAUCGUGAUAGGGAUGGACAUGGUCCAGAGUUUUGUAAACAUAUGGAUAGAAUAAAUAAAACAGCUGGCACAAAAAUAACUAUAUAUCACAGUUUUCACGAUGAAGUUAGAUUAUAUCAACAGCAUUGGUGGAGAUGUAAUGGUCCUUGUCAAAAAAGAGCACCAUAUUUUGGGACAGUACGCAGAGCCAUGAAUCGUGCACCAGGCCCAAGUGAUUUUUGGUGGAAGGAACAUCAACAAACUUGCGGUGGACAAUUCAUUAAAAUCAAAGAACCAGAGAACUUUAAAGCAAAAUCAAAGAUCAAAGAGAAGGUAAAACCUUCUUUUAAAAAUGAUAAUCAACCAAAUAGUAUGAUGAAUUGGCUUACAAAAAUUAGUCCAUCUAUCACAGAAUCAAAGAUUACAUCUACUCCUAAAAGUAUUAAAUCAAUUGUAAAUAAUCAGAAUUCUUUAAAUGGACUUAAAAAGCUUGGGAAUAACAAUAACAAUGUUUAUGGUUGGGGUACAGGAAAAGCAAACAAUUCAAUUAAUUUACAAAAAUAUGGUAGUCCUAGUAGUACUACUAAAAUUUCUACUACACCUAAAUUUUCAUCUUCUGGAAUUGUUGGUGGUUCUAAUAUAGGUCGUAGUAAUUUAUUGGACAAAUUAUAUAACGGUAAUCAUAGCCAGGCUUUAAACAAAAAUACUAUAUCAUCAAGAAAAAGAAAUUCAUUAACUAAUGCUACAGAAACGAGGGAACCGAUUGCUAAAGAUAGUAAAUCAUUAAACGAAGUACAAAUAAAACUUGUAGAAUGUCCAAUAUGCAGUAAUUUUGUGCCAAAUAAUGAGAUAAAUAAACAUGUAGAUUUUUGUUUAAGACCAAAUAGCGAUCAAAUAGACAAAAGUAAAGGACAAAUUAGCAUAAAAAAUUCUAAUAAUAAUAAUGUUGCAAAAUCAGAAACAAAACGGAAUUAUCCUUUAUUUGCUCAAAAAAGAAAAAGCGAAUCAAAUACAAUUUCGAUUAAACAGCCAAAAAUAGAUCAAAUGGAAAAUUAUGAAAAAGCAAAUUGUCCUAUCUGUAACAAAAGUAUUGAUCUUACAGAUAUGAAUGAGCAUAUCGAUACAUGCCUUCUAGAAACAGACGAUAAUUCUAUUAUUAAAUUGGACAAUGCAAAUGAUAAUAACAUAAAUGUAAACGGAAGUACAAUUAUUAUUGACAGCUCUUCUAGCGAUGAUUCGUUUAAUCUUUCAGUCACUGAAAAUUCGAAAAAUGUUAAUCAAAAUACCGAAGUUAAAAAAAAUAAUGUAUUGAAUACUGUUUCACAUAAUUGUUUAGUUUGUAACGAAUUUAUUCCUUCUGGAGUGUCAUUAAAUGAUCAUUUGGAAGAUUGUAUUGGGAAUGUUUUUAACGACGAUUUAUCUUUGUUGACUCAUUGCGAUAGUAAUGAAAUAUCAAAUACACAAGUUUCUGAGGUAUCAAUUAAAGAGAAUAAUAAAUAUCCUUGUCCUGUUUGCAUGCAACUAGUAACAGAAUUUCAAAUGAAUCAACAUUUAGAUGUAUGUCUCACAAAUACUCGAACAUCCAACUGGUAAUCUCGUACAAUGCAGCUACAUUCCACUGCUGAAGAAUUUGCGACGAUUCUGUAUCGAGAUGCGUCAAAGACAGCACGUGAUGACUUGGAGUUUUAAUAUAUUCAAAUUUUACCUAACGAAACAUAUUUGAAAUUUAUUAUUUUAUUCACUAUUAAAAUAUAAAAAAUCUCAACAUACUAACUUGAGUACGUUGGGCAUCAAUCGUACUGAUAUAUGCAGCUAAACCACAGCUACCUUUUGGUGGCACAUACGUGCAGUAAUCUAGGAAAUGAAGAGCUGUUAAAGCAAACUCCAGAAAUGGCCAGAUACUAAAACAACCCAGAAUAAAAAUAUAACAAGCGAUAGCUAUCAUUUAAUAAUUUUUAUAACAAAAAAUAUGUAUAUUGACAUUUAACUCACGGAUAGUUAGCUCGAUGCGAAGAAAACACAUCUCGAAUUAAUUUUUCUCGCGAUAUUACAUUUUCACAGUCAAAAAGUUUUACGUAUAUUUGACCACCCAAUUCCGAUAAUUCAAUUUGAAAUAGAUCUACAGUCUAUAAGAAAAAAACGAUUAAUAUUUCAACAAAUAUUUAAAUAGAAAAUAAAAUUUUUAAUUAUCACCUACUUUUGGUUUAUACGUUGGUGAUUUUGUAACUAAAUAUAAUCGAGAACAAGUAGGACAAAUUUGAUGUAAUUUUGUUUUAAUAUUUAAUCCUUUUAUAUUAGUGGAUGUUCUAGCAUGA